UCAAUAUAAAGAUCAUGAAAUUAUCGGACGAGGAGGGUGUGCAGUAGUAUAUUCAGCAUUGUUUAAAAAAGAAAAACAUGCAUUAAAGAGUCUAAACAAUAAUCUAAGUUUUGAUGAAAAGGCACUAAAAAGAGUCAGAAGAGAGCGUCCAACAUCAAGCGAGAUCUUAGACAUACUUGAGAAUUUAUCGUCGGAAACAACCGUUGAUUUUAUUACAAAUAUCAUUCGUAAAGAUAAUCAUAAAAAAGCAACUUUAAGACAAUCGUCAUGA